UCACCACCUCAUCAGAUCAGCAACUUCAGUUCACUCACUAGUUCCUCUUCCUUCUUGUCUUUCAAUACAUGGCUCUCUCGAGUCCCAUCGUUGCGUGUCUUCUACUUGUCAUGCUUGGGCUUUAUCAUGUUGAUUCCCGCUCAGUUUCCAUUGAUCAUUCGAUCAUAGGGAAGAAGAGAUCGGUUUUGGGAGUUACUAUCGAUUGCGGAGCAGCAUGCGCAGUGCGUUGUAGCAAAUCGUGGAAGCCAAAGAUGUGCAAGAAGAUGUGCGGGGUGUGCUGCAACAAGUGUAACUGUGUGCCACCCGGCACAUCAGUGGAGACUCGCAUCACCUGUGCUUGCUAUGCCUCCAUGACCACCCCCUCCGGCAAGCUCAAGUGCCCUUAAUAAGUAGUUUCUGGUAGGACUUUUUCAAUUGGUUUCCUUGGUCCGCUAUACUGUCGUCACUUGAUCAUGUGAGUAUUGAGCAUGAGAUGGUUUUGAAUGUUGUUUAGACAAUAAAGAAUAAAUUCUCUUUGGUAUAUCAAUGAGUGGUAUCUGCAAGUUUAGUCAA